CUUGAAUCUCCCUACCCACUUCACCAAAACGGAAACCAGAAGCGAAGCAGUGGUUUGCUCCCGAUCGAGAUAUCUUAGCAAAAACCAGGUUGAAGGAGGCAUUUGAAGAUGUCUGGUCGUGGGAAGGGUGGUAAGGGUUUGGGCAAAGGAGGAGCGAAGCGUCACAGGAAGGUUUUGCGAGACAAUAUCCAGGGCAUCACUAAGCCUGCAAUUCGUCGACUUGCAAGGAGAGGAGGUGUUAAGAGGAUCAGUGGUCUCAUUUACGAAGAGACAAGGGGUGUUCUCAAGAUCUUCCUUGAGAAUGUCAUUCGUGAUGCUGUGACUUAUACAGAGCACGCAAGGAGGAAGACAGUGACGGCCAUGGAUGUCGUCUAUGCCCUGAAGAGGCAGGGAAGAACCCUCUACGGAUUCGGUGGUUAAGGCUUUUCUUUUGUGUUUUAUUGCUGUAUUUUCUGAAAUAUUAUUAGUGAUUGUUGAUGCUGGCUGAACUUUUUCCUGAAUUUCACAAAUUUCUGAAAUAUUAAUGACAAGAACGGUUGUCUUA